CGGAGCUCCGCAUCCGGGUACUAACAGUGACCUCUGACGUCACCCAGCAGGAUCGCAAAUAUGGCGGAGCCCUCCCUCGGGAAUUCGAGCCCAGGAGGCUCAGCAGGUUCAGACGACCACGAUUUCGAUCCGUCAGCCGACAUGCUUGUUCAUGACUUUGACGAUGAACGAACCCUAGAGGAGGAGGAAAUGCUGGAGGCAACAGACGAGACCAACGUCAACGAGAUCGAAGACCUGGCACGGGAGGGGGAGAUGCCCAUACAUGAGCUACUGAGUCUUUACGGUUAUGCGAGCAGAUCGCCUGCUGAGGAAGAAGAGGAGGAAGAUGAGGAACCAGAGGAAGAGGAUGAGGAGGAAGAGGAUGAAGAAGAGGACCUUGAUCCUGAUGAAAGCAGCAGAAGCACUGGAGAGCUGAAGAAAACGGAGGGUGAAGAUUUUAAGACUUCAUCAGAACAAGGCAGCGAUUCUCAGACCACUUCUGACGGUCGCACGCGCUCAGUCCGGUCACUCGGCACGGCAGAACUCAUUCGCCCUCAGAAACUCAAGUACUUUGAAAGUAGUCAUGACGUAGAAGAGGAGUCAGAAGAAGACGAGGACUAUGUUCCCUCUGAAGACUGGAAGAAGGAGAUAAUGGUGGGUUCUAUGUAUCAGGCUGAGACUCCUCUUGGUUUGUGUAAAUAUAAAGAAAACGAGAAAGUUUAUGAAAAUGACGACCAGUUGUUGUGGAACCCUGACUGCGUUCCCGAGGGGAAAGUUGUCGAGUUCUUGACUGAGGCAUCGAGGCGAACUGGAGAGGAGAAAGGAGUAGACGCAAUCCCAGAGGGUUCUCACAUCAAAGACAACGAACAGGCUUUGUAUGAACUGGUGAAAUGUGACUUUGACACAGAGGAAGCUCUAAGAAGACUGAGGUUUAAUGUAAAAGCAGCUCGAGAGGAGAUAUCAGUUUGGACUGAAGAGGAAUGUAGAAACUUUGAACAAGGACUACGAGCUUAUGGGAAAGACUUUCAUUUAAUACAGGCCAAUAAGGUGAGAACUAGGUCUGUAGGAGAAUGUGUGGCCUUUUAUUACAUGUGGAAGAAGUCUGAGCGUUAUGAUUUCUUUGCACAGCAAACCAGACUAGGAAAAAGGAAAUACAACCUUCACCCUGGUGUCACGGACUAUAUGGACAGAUUAUUGGAUGAGACAGAGAGCGUGACGUCCAGCAGGGCGGCGUCACCUCCUCCCACCACGUCCAGCAGCAGUGCCAGCCACUCUGAGAGGGAAGACAGCAGCAGUCAGAACGGUGAGGAAAAACCACGGCUUUCAGACCCAAACCAAGCGAAGAGUUUCAGUGUCGCGGGUCAUCUGGUGGACCCAUCCCAGUUGCCCGACUCGGCCCAAGUAAAGGUCGAGAGUGUCCAGUCCAACGGCCCGUCUCACCCGGAAGCCGAGCCCCUCCUCUCAGUUCCAGACAACAACUCCAACGGCUGUGACCAAGUCAGUGCGCCCAACCACGACAGAAACGGCUCUCUGGAGCUCCUACUGGACCAUAAACCGGCGGCGGCGGCCGUGGCACAGGACAGACCGGCCAAAAGAUGCAGGACUGAAGCAGAGCCUCUGAGCCAGAGCGAGGCCGAUCCAUCCAGAACACACGAAGACUAAACGGCUUUCAGGACUGCYGUUGUUCGCUAAAUAGCACACCGUUUUUUGGGUGAUGUUUUUCUCUUUUUUUCCCCCUCAGUUUCUCCAUAAAUGGCUAGUUUAGUGGAGCAAAGGUUCAGGACGAUGAAACUCUGUUGAGCUGUGAGCACAGAAUCUCUUAAAAGACUCACUUUAGGAAGGCCAAAGGUUGAUGAAAAGCCCGUCUGCUCCACCACAUCCCAAAAGACACGUUUUGCUCAUCUUCUCCACUCCCAUUUUGGAGACUGUCAAAAUUUUGCCAAGAAUUCUUUUUUUUCUUUUUCUAUUUGUACUUAAAUAAAACAAAUCAUCUGUGAUAUUUUUCUACGCAAGAGAUAUUUAUAUUUUCUAACCAAAAAUAAAAAGCUCUAAUGAUAUGG